AGAUGCUGUCUUUCAUCUACCUACCAAACUGAGGAAAGCCCUGCAUCCAAUGAAAUGAACCCUAGCAAAAAAAAGAGAUAAACCAGAAAUCCUUCUUCAACUGAUUAUCAUUAUAACAAAAUCACACAUCCUAAAGACCAAGAAGUAAUCAUGUCCAAGGACGAGGCUUGUAAAGUGACGUCCGCCAGUAAACACAAGGAGCGGAAGCCUAAGAAGCCUCACUAUAUUCCCCGGCCAUGGGGCAAACCCUACAACUACAAAUGUUUCCAGUGCCCUUUCACCUGCAUGGAAAAGUCUCACCUGUACAACCAUAUGAAAUACAGCCUGUGCAAGAACUCCCUUUCUUUGCUCAUAGAGUCAGACUGGCCAUACAAGAAGGGAAACAUCCUGCAUCCAGAGCAGCUCCGGCCCUUUCAGCAGGCACACAGCAUUCACACUAACGGGAAAGACGGUUUAGAGCAGGUAGCAGGGACUGAGGAGAGGCAAAGGCAGAGCUGGGAAGAUGAGGGAGAGGACAGAGAAAUCCAGGGAGCAGAAGAUGAAGAGGAGGGAGGACACGGAGAGGGAGUAGAGGUUGCGAGGUUGACUAAAGAAAGCACUGGAGACAACCACAGAGAAGAUGCUACAGAAUGUGCGACAAAGAAAACCAAACAACCAGAGUCGGAGUUUCUGAUGGCCGACAUGCUCUCCCUGGAGAAUCAGCUGUUACGAGCGCGCUCGGUCGAAGUCGAGGCUCAGCUGAAACAGUAUAAGCUGUCCAAGACUUGUCUCACUGCUCCUGGCUUGUUGUCUGAGCAAUGGCGGAUGUUAGCGUCCAGCCACACUAAGGCUAAAGCUGAGGGUGCUCAGUCCCGAGUGAGCACCUCAAUACCCUGCUACCCUCCUCCGCCAAACUUGGUGGAUUACCAGGAUCCCACUGGACUCAACCUGUCGAUGCUCGGGGUGGGCUACCCCAUCAGUCCCAGUCUCUUCUCCUACAUGAACUCAGCUUUUCCCACUGCAGCAACGAGUGUAACCGCGCAGACCCACGCACAGCUUGCCCAGUUUCCCUUCCUAGCAUCGGCCGCCCAGCUGAUGCACCCGACCUCCGGCACCCAUGCUGACAGAACUCUCAUCUCCCCUCGCCUCUACUACCCUUUCCUAUGUGAGCACACAUUCGGGGCGGGCACCAGUCAGGGUGACUCCAGCAAAGCCCUCAAAACGUCCACAAACAGUCUAGAAGUGAAUCCUCUGUCCAGCUUCCAGCCCAAAGUGAAUCUAUGGAAAGUGCCUGCCUUGCGGCCGGGGACCGCUGCAGUCAGCCAGGCUGGCUGGGUUUCACCUCUACAAGAGGCUGCAGAGCAUGGCUACAGGGCGGGGGACAAAACGCAGGCUACAGCCAAGGAAGGCAAAGCAAGCUGGGGUGUAAAGAGGACAGGGGCACCACUGGGGAACCACAAGGCACCUGUGGAGAAGAAGCCGGCCAUUGGUUUCUCUUUGGACCUUUUGAAGAAUAUUCAGACUGCAUCGACUCUCAAUAUGUCAGCGGACAAACUUCUCUUCCCUGGAAGUUUACAGGAUGCUCAGCUCCAGACUCGACCCUCUGACCUGUGGUACAACGAUGCUCUCCCCAGUCCCAACAGUGAAACAUCCUCUCUGUCUACCAGCGGGGGACCAAACAGCAAGGACUCCACUGCUCCCCGGACAAUGGGGGAGGGGGCUUCACAGUCAGUGGCUACUCUCCUUGGUGAUCUUUCCAAGGCAUUGCAGGAGUACCAGGAGGCUGAACGCAAAAUCUCCCAUCUGGAGAAAGAGGACCUCCCCGCCCAACGCCACCUCUGGGAACAUUUGAGCAAAAUUCGCAGUGAGCUGUCCCACAUCCACCAGGCACUGGAGCGGACUGCUCGUCAGAGUGACGGGCCGCUUGACCUGUCAGUCAAGAAGAACUCCACGGAUUCUGUUGCUGACCGUAGAAUCAGAGAGGAUCUUAACCUUAAAGAUAAUACAACAGAGACAGAGGAUGAAGACGAGGAGCUGGAAGAGAAAAAGGAAGAAGAGGAGAAUGAGAGCGAGAGGAAGGCAAUGAAGGCAUCGUUGGAGAGUCGUAAGCAGUCGUUAGACAUGCUGAUCAAAAUGAGUCAGGCGUCUCUGGUGAACACAGAGGUUCUGUCUCCAGGUGGUCUUGGCAUGAGGCCUAAUUCUGCUGAGGCCUUGUGGCCGAGCAGAACAACAAAGUGUGAGGCGGACUCCAGCGUCCUGCUCUGCCCUGACGGUCGCUCAGUAGUGUUCACUGAUAUACCUCCCUCAGCCAAAACCACCAAAAGACCCCCGUCCAUACAGCGACUAGACGCCCAGUUUCCCCCAAGCCCUCUGACAGCAACAGACAAUUAAACACAUCACCUGUACUGUAAAAUGAUUGAUUUAAGUGCGGUUGACUUUGAUUUUCAUCGGCUUGAGGAACUCCUUUUGACAUUUAAUGUGAAAAACCUCCACAAUGUUUGCACCUUAAAGGACAAAACAGAGAAUGACAGAAAAGUCCUACAAAUGCACUAUGGACCUUGAUUGUUACAUAAGACUUUCCUGAAAAGACGUUUUAAAUACAUCAGCAUUUAUAAGAAUUACCAUCAGGACCAUUAGGACAAUCUAUUAUUUCCCAACAAUGUUGAUCCACAACACUUUGAAUGGAUUGUAAAUAAUGCAAUUAUAAUAUAUGUAAAAUCUCUUAAAUGGUAAAGGCCUUUUAUGGACGAUGUCAUGUUGGGUUGCA